AUGUCUUCAUCCAACGCUCAGUCCAUGUGGGAGCCGCUGGUCACCUUCACUGUCCAGCUUGCCCCGGUUGAGCAAUACUCAAUGGAGCUGAAGGGCGGUGAGAGCGGCCGUGGUUGGGCUCUUCACAAUCCUGAGACUUAUGCGAGCUGCUCCAAUAAGGAGGAGCGGCAUGAGACAGAGCAGUGCCUGGCGUGUAGCAAUCCUUCCACCCGGAAGUAUCGCUGCCCUUGCAAAGCCGCCAGGUAUUGCUCUGCUGAGUGUCAAGCUGCAGACGACCUACACCCUCGCCUCUGUUUGGGCCGCCAGGCCGCCAAGGCUGUUCCUUCCCAUGGGCUGGCGCUCGAGCAACGCCCCUCAAACAACCAUUAUGUGGCUGCCAUCCUCCCGACGGAUGAUCUCGUCCCAAGGUUUAUCUGGCUUGGGAUCCAUAUGAAUCCGAAGACCGGACAGAUGACCUUCGCCACCGAUCGGAUGGAUUUUGCCAAGUCUGAUGGCAAGUCUGAUGACAAGUCGAGCAACCCAAGCAUCAUCCACAUCGGCCUCAACGCGUUGGACACCCCCAUGAAGAAAGAGCUUGGCCACGGCGUUGAUCUCCUUAAGUUUGGCCCACAUAAUGACACUACCACUCGGAACCUUAACAAAUGCCUCCUCAGUUUCGGCAAGCCGGGCUUUGUGGCCUGCCACUUUGGCCUCAACAUUGUGUGGGCCUACGAUAUCGACGCGAAUGGGGCUUUCAAGUCUCCAAGGGACGUGAGCGUUCGCGACAUCCGCCACGCAAUUGACUGUCACGUGCUCAAUGCAUCCAACCCAGCCAUCUCCCAGCCCAACCGCUUCAUUCUUGCGGGAGGGAUGAUUCGGGCACUGAAGGUCAACGAUUUAUCGGAUAAAUGGAUGGAGGCUCUCGGAGUGAGCCAACAGGUGGAGAAAGUGAUGAUCCCCAAAGAGCACGAGUCUUUCGAGGCCUACCCCGUCAGCCGCCUCUUCCACCUGGGCCUUCGAUGGUACAUACGCACCGCCAUCCCUAUCGGCACCCAACCCACUGGUGAGAUCCAUGAAGAUCACGAAGAAUUGUUGGAUGUCUUCCGAGAGACGGUCAGCAAGCUGAAGCACCCGUCGAGCUUCCAUCUCCUGCAAGUCUGCGGCAAUCAGAUCGAAUCAGCCCAUCUGAAUGCCCUUCUCGAGUACUUGAGGCUGGCCAAGGCUUCCAAUACUCCUGCUUCUGAGAAUGGAUUUCGGAAAUACUGGGAAUAUUUCAAAAGGAAGGAGACUGAUAAAGGCCACCCGCUCGAUGGCAUCCCGUCGCCCUACGAUCUUGAAAACGGCCGUGCGCACGAUGCGAAUUCUGCCGUCCUUGUCAAUAUGCUUCAGGCAUUCAAGUCGUACGAGAAGUUUCUGGAGAACGUCACCGACGCAGAUGACCACGUGGAGGGUGGCCUCAACAAGCCGAAAGCCGAACUCACAGGCCUGCCCGCUCAGCAGAUUAUCGAGAAGCUGUCUGGUAUUCCUACCGAUCAGACUUAG